GAACAGAGUAAUAACGUCAAGCCGUGUCCCCACGUGUCCCGCAUAAUUAGAACUGAACAGAAGAUACAUUUUGUAAUUUUGAGCAUUAUUUUGUAGUUUUGUAAUUUUAAGGAAAGUGACGCUAUGAGCGAACCGAAUGAGUCAAGUGAUUUUGAAACAUCCGACAGAGAUGACAAGGAUGCAGAUUUCGAUGUAGAUGAUUAUCGUCGUGAAGUUGAGAGUGAUGAUUCUUCUAACGAAUUGCCGAAAGAUAACGUUACAAUGGAGGAAAAUAAUGCUCAACAUAUCGUAUACUCUGGUCCAAUAAUUUCUGGACAUAGAUUUGAUAAGAAGCUAGUAUGCGUCAAGUACCCAGGAAAUGUAAUGAAUGUUGAUAAAGCUAUCGAAACAUUGGGUGGCAUCAGUUCAAUAUCUACGGCUGUAGACGCUCCCAAUAGGAGAUUAGAAUUGCGAUUUAGGCCUGACGAUGGUUAUAGCAAACCUACUUGUGGAGAUAGACACGGUACAACUGGAUUCUUACUUAGAGUCAGGAUAAAGAAGAACAGAGUUAAUCAAGCCAAAGGAGACACCACUGUAAACAUUAUAAAGUCACAGUCUGCAGAUGCUGCAAACUCAAGGACAUUUUCCAUUAUUCAAGGCGAAAUAGAUUCUAACAUGUCUCAAUUUUUGAGAGGUGAACAGAUUGAUAAUUUAAUGUCGGAUAUUGCAGUAAGAAACAACCAUCAAGGUGAUGCUGUCAAUAAUUUGGUAAAUCAAGCACGAAAUCAGGACAUUGGGUUCUCUGUGGAUUCCAGUAGCGAAGCUGCUGUAAGGACAUGUGCUUCAAAUUUAUACAACCUAGAUACAAAUCCGCCAAAGAGAAAGAAGGAUGCAUCGCCUACUUUUGAUCACGAUAAAUACGAAAAUUUAUCACAAGAUGCAGGUUACGAUUUACCUCGUUUGAAGAUACUCGGAAGAGUCGAUAUCGAGUUUAACUUCACCAAUCUGUGUGAUUUUCAAUAUGUGCCAAUGACGCAAGACAGGUCAGAUCCAAACAAGUUGGAAUGUAUAUACAGCUCGAUUUAUCCGACAGGAAUUCCAUCCUUCUCUUGGUUAAAGAAUGAUGUGCCUUAUUUCCUACCACCAGCUGCAUUCAGCAGAAUGGACACUAUACAGCAAUAUGUGCCAAAAAGUGAAACAGAUUCCGGCACGAAAAAUAUAAUUGGUAAAAGUAAGAAAAGCCAAGCAGGUUUCCCCAACUACAUAUACUUUUCCACACCGGAGGUGCCUGACGUGGCACCAAAAGGUAUCGAGACAGCGAUGAAGGUCAAGUUUCUCCAAAAUUCACAUUUGGAAAAAGUGCGUCAACUGUUCGAGGAGCGGCCGAUCUGGUCGAAAAAUGCCAUCAUGCACAAGACACAAUUUACAUCUGAACAGUUAAAAAUAUUACUACCGUCAGUAGCGUAUUACUUUAUGACUGGACCGUGGAGAAUUAUGUGGGUGAAGCUUGGUUACGACCCAAGAAAGGACAUCAAUGCAAGGAAAUAUCAAACAUUAGAUUACAGAUUGAAAGCUAUGCAUGGAUUAGGUUCGACUGUUAGAUGCAAAAGAAAUUAUUCGACUUAUACGUUACCGUAUAAAUCAGCGCCGGUAUCUAAGCAAAAGCCCGCGAUACUGACCGCUACUUUGAGCCAGGAGCAAAAUCCAAAGAAGGAGCGUCAUUUACAUGAGAAUGUAUACAUAUACCGAGAAGGUAUGGUACCACCUUCUCGGCAAAUGUUUUAUCAGUAUUGCGACAUUGCGGUGGGAGAGAUACAACAGAUGUUGGCGAAACUUCCCGAUCCUUUGCCUGGUAUAAGAUGUCACGAGAAGAGAGGAUGGCUGCCAACCGGCUUCGACGUACAGUGCCGAGAAAUCAUAAAUAAGCAAGUACGCGCUGUUUUGAGAAAGAGAAUGAACAUUCCCGAAGAUCAUCCAACAUCGCUUUCACGGAAACGAAAGCAUGGUACUAAUACUAGGCUAAAAGCAAAUAAGACAAUUAAUAAAGGAACAAGAAAGAAGAAGGUAAAUUGUACAGAGAAACCAUCAAGUAUCGCCUCCACUUCAGAGAUGACGACCGACCGACGCAUAUUUGACGAAGAUCGCUGUAGCCAAACUUUGGAGGAAAAAUAAUAAAAAUACAAUAAUGCGAUCUGAAAAAA